AAAAAAGAGGUUAGUUGAUUAACUAAUCAAGAGGAAGAAGGUUCAACUCAUAACAACUUAAUACACUUGUGACUUUAACUAUUUACAAUUAACUAUCAUCAACAAUCAUCAUCAUGAUCAACACCAUAAUCGUCAUUAUAUUAAUCAGUUGAAGUGUAACGGGUUUCGAGUCUGUAUUAAAUUUGUUGAUUCACUUUUCCAUCGUAACAAUUUAACUGUUCACGAUUAGUAAAUAUAUAUUAUUAUCAUUGUUAAUUAUUUGAAGGUCGAUGAUUGAUUGCAACUGUUUUCAUCUAAUAGUAAUAAGGAAAUCUAUUGUGUAUCUUUGGCAAACCUUUCAUUUUGUUGAAUUACAAUUGAUUCCUCACAAUUAGUUGAUUGUCCAAAAAAAAAAGAGUCACUGGGAUUGUGUGUGUGUAAGUGUAUUUGUGUCUUGUUUUUUUUGUUGUUGUUAUCAUAGUAUUUUAAUUGUGUCCAUUAUAAGAGUGAUUAUCAUCAAUUGAUUGUUAACUGUUGCUAUCAGCAUCUUUUGUUUAUUUGGUUGAUUAGUUUAUUUUGCUUGUUAAUUGCUGUUAGACUUUUCUAAAUCAUUUACACUUUGAUAUGAAGUUUGAUCAGCAAAUAAGUUUAUUUUGAUUACGAUUCUCUCAGCAAUCGUUGUGUUUUUUAGGUUUUUUUACUUGUUCUCUUUUUAAUUUGAUUGUGAUAAUUAACUGUUUCAAUCAUGGAGUUUGAAGAUAUUCUGGUUAAGGUUGGUGAAUAUGGAAGAUACCAGAAACUUUUUGUUUACUUUUUUCUGGUUCCUGCCGCGUUUUUAACUCCCUGGUUGACCAUGACCACGAUUUUCAUGGUUUCGAGUCCUAAUCAUGUGUGUUCAAAUUAUGUUCAUCAAGGUAAUUACUCUGAUCAACAAUUAAAGUUACUCUUUGAUCAGGGUAAUUUUACUGAUACCCAAAAGUGUUUCACCUCAACAAUUAACUCAACUAAUCAAGUUAACUCAUCAAUAUUAUUGGAUAAUAAAUGUGACCAUUGGAUAUUUGAUAAUACAAAUUAUGAUGAAACUUUUGUGACUCAUAAUAAUUUAGUUUGUGAUAAUGACCAUUGGGUGGGAACGGCGUUGGCGGUCAUUAGUUUAGGUCAAUUGGUUGGAACCCCGACUUUGGGCUUCAUUGCAGAUCGAUUUGGCAGGAAAAUCGCUUACAUGAUUGGAAUCAUCUUAAGCUUCAUAUCAACUUUUUCACCAACAUUCACCAAAGGGAUUAUCCCCUUCAUCGGAUUACGUUUUGUCCAUGGAUUAGCGACCAAUACCUGUUAUCAAAUGCCUUUGGUUCUUGCGGUUGAAAUUAUGGGACCAAGAGGACGAACGAAAAUGUCUCUCAUCUCGAGUUUUUCUUUUGCCUUUGGAUUAGCGACACUUCCGUUAGCGGCUUAUUUAACGGCUCAUUGGUUCUAUAUGAGUUUAAUUGCUUCCAUUGUUAUCUCAUUUGCUUUAAUCAUGUCAAGAUUAAUUCCAGAAUCACCGAGAUGGUUAAUCUCAGUCCAACAGUACGGUAAAGCUUAUAGUAUACUCACGAAAAUCGCUAAAACAAACGGGGUCAAAGUUGACGAGAGUUUAAUCCUCGAUAUUAGGGAAGUUGGAAAAAAGUUCGAAAAAGAUUCCAAAAACGAGACCCAUGAGGUUAAAAUUCUGUGUCAACAAUUUUCGAAUCGUUCGAUUCUAUUCAUUUUGGCCUUAAACGCUAUCUCAUUAUUGGCCUCGGAAGUCGCUUAUACUGGUCUUCAUUAUAAUAUCAGGAACUUCAAGGGAAAUGAAUUUCUCAACUAUUUCCUUUUGGUUUCGGUUGAACCGGUCGCCUAUGUUAUCGGCUAUUUGUUGAUGGACAGUCGACUAGGUCGAAGGUGGACCGCUUCGUUGUGCCUCGCCUGGGCUGGAAUUAAUCUAACCAUUUGUUCAAUGAUACCUUCAAGUGACCUGGUUAAAGUUGCCGUUUUCUCAAUGAUGGGUAAAAUGGGAGCGACCAUUUCCUACAUGGUGGUCGGUCUUCAUGGCUCUGAAAUGUUACCCACCGUUAUCCGAAAUCAAGGUUUAUCGGCUUCCUUUUUUGUACUUUCAGCGGGCUCCAUUUUCAUUCCUUAUAUAAUUCACCUUGGUAAAUAUGGAAGUCACAUUCCUCUUAUUAUCAUGGGCACCAUUGAUUUGACCGCUGCCGCUUUUAGCACCAUGUUACCUGAGACCAGAAAUCGUAUUCUACCUCAAACCAUUGAAGAAUCAGAAAAUCUGGUUGUCAAUCGUAAAUACUGGUCACUAGCACCUAAGAGUGAACCAAGAAAAGUUAAUCAAUCAAAGGAAUCUGGAGAAACUGUUAAAAUUUCUUGAUCAUCAACAAUUAACGUAAACAAUUUAUUGAUUGUAAAAAUUAAAAUCCCAAUGAAAGUCUAAUAUGUAAAGAUGGAAACAAUUAACACUAAACAAUUAAUUUGUAAAACACAACUAAUGAAUCAAAUUUUUCUAAUAAUAAAAAUGAAAACAAUCAAAUCUAAUUGAUAAACUGGAACAAU